UGCCGGCGUGUGAGGAGCGGCGCGGAGCCAUCGCGACCAUGCUGCGGCGCCAGGCCCGGGAGCGCCGGGAGUACCUGCAGCGCCGGGCCAGGGAGCAGCAGCAGCAGCGGCAGCGGGAGCGCAGGGAGAGCCUGCGGCGGGCGCUCGACGGUACCGGGGCACGGGGAGGGGGAACAGAGGGGCUGGGAGGGGGGCAAAGGGACCGGGGAGAAUUUGGGGGGCUUACAGGGGGCUGGGGGGGAGUUAAGAAGAGAUCCCGGGUGUGUGAAAAGGGGGCUGGGGGCGGCAGAGGAGAUUUGGAGGAGGAGCUGUGCCUGCUGCUGCCGGGGGCUCGCCGCAUGAACCGGGGCCGUGCCGAGCUGGGCGCUCUGGUGGGCGCGUGCCGGGCCGCGGGGGUCACCGACCUGCUGGUGCUGCACGAGACCCGCGGGCGGCCCGACGGGCUGACCGUGUCCCACCUGCCCCACGGCCCCACUGCCCACUUCACCCUGAGCGGGGCCGUGCUGCGCCAGGAGGUUGGGGGGCUCGGGGGGGCCCCGCUGGCCGCCCCCCACCUGCUGCUGCUGCGCCUGGAUUCCACCCUGGGAAAAAGGGUCGGGACCAUCCUGAAGCACCUGUUCCCUGUUCCCCGUCCCGACAGCCGCCGCGUGGUGACCUUCGCCAACGAGGAUGAUGUCAUUUUAGUGCGGAACCACGUGUACCGGCGCCGGGGACGGACGGUGGAGCUGGAGGAGGUGGGACCCCGCUUCCAGCUGAGGCCCUACCUGAUCCGCCUGGGCACCCUGGAGCAGGGGGACGCGGCCGACGUGGAGUGGCGCUGGCACCCGUACACGGCCACGGCCCCCAAGCGCCGCCUGCUCAGCGCCACCUGAGCCCCCCAGCACCCCCCGACCACCGGGAGAGCCCCCCAGGUGGGGCCCACCUGCACACCUGAGACCACCUUGGCAGCUGGGACCCCUCUGGACUCCCCCAGGAACAGCCGGGUCUCUCACAAUCACUUUUUAUUUGUUAUAAUAAAUGAUUUUUUUUCUAUA